GAGCCCCGGGCUGCUGCCGCCACUUCAUGGUGAAGCUGCUGGACGACGGCCGCGUCUCCGGCCCCGACGGGGAGGCCCACGCCUCGCUGGACGCCCUGGUCACCCACCACCGGCGGACGCCGCUGCGGCCCCACGGGGACCUACUCACCCAGGCCUGCCCGCAGGAGGACCCCGCGCACGCCGACUACGCCGACCUCCUCCUGCAGUGGCGCGCGCUGUCCGCGGCCGGCCCGGCGGCGCUGGGUCCCGGGGACCCCCGCGGCCCUGCCCCGGGUCCCGAGGAG